GAUGUUUACGAUGGGAAUCAUCGCGACCUACAUUCGCCUCAACUUCUGCCCUAGAAAACUUGACACUUUUUUCGGAACGAAUUAUCUCUAUCUGUGUCACACACCAAACGCGACCUCGGUCGUCAGUUUAAUAGCUCGCUUAGUCCAACUACGCUGUUGUGGAUCGUUCCAAGGAAGUUAUAAUGGAUUUUUGAUUAAUCAAAAUAUGGCAAGAUCACACAUUCUCGUCUACCUGGUGGUCCUGUUCGCCUUAGCCGUUUUGCUAGCAUUCGCCAACGAAGAGGAUGGUCGAUGUGACGAUGUAGCCGAGUGCACCUACUCAUGUCACCCUGCGUUAAUUAGAUACGAUUUGAUUGGUUGCUACAAUGAGGAAGUUUGCUGCUUGAUCAAUUUUUAAGUUUAACUAUUACCUAGACUUUAUUUAUUUAUGAUGUGAAGCUGGUGAUGUAUUAGUAGUAAUUUUUUCAAGUAAAUAUUAUUGUUGUAAGUAUUUCAUAACUUCUGUGUGGAAUUCUUUAGAUACAGCUUUGUUCUAAGGUUGAUAAAUAACUUAAUCUCUGAUGGGGGAUAAAGGUCACCUCAAAUUUUAUGUAAAUGAUGAUCAUAUUAAACGUCCCUCGGCAAUAAUUAUUCUACCACCGUGACUACUACUAGCUUUUGCUAUUUUGCAUACAGAAAAAUCGGAGAAAUAGAGAGAUGGACGUACAUU